CGCACGAGAAAGUGGGAGAGGAAGGAAGGAACGCAGAGAGAGAGAGAGAGAGAGAGAGAGAGAGAGAGAGAGAGAGAGCAAAGACUAUCCUAUAAUCACGCGUGCAUGCUCGCGUGUUAGUACAUACACAACAAAGUAUGUGUCGUUCUUUCCUGGUAUUAAGGACUAAUUAGGUAUUGGUGUCAUGGUCACCAACUGUACUCCAGGAGAGAGCUUGAGGCUCAUUUAAUGCUAUCUAUGGAUAAGUCUGAGACCUUCCACACAACACACUCCUAAGACAGUACCAGUGUCUGUGUGCCAAGUGAUAGGCGAAUUUACCACUGAGCUUGUGUGUGUGUGUGUGUGUGUGUGUGUGUGUGUGUGUGUGUGCGUGUGAGUGUGUGUGUAUAAUCACACACACAUUCAAACGGUCAGUCAUCAGGGUGUGAGUGAUGCAAGUGUAAGGAGUGUUGGUGCUGGUGCUGCCCGCCUGGUGCCGGUCAUAUCACCAUGACCGUUAGCUACACACAGAAAGUUUCCGACUGCAAGGGAUUUGGAUCCUUCUGGCGACUACUCUUCAGAUGGCGGGGCAGCUUGUACAAGCUGGUGUGGCCAGACACGUGUGUGUACUGCUUGCUGUACUUCCUGUGCUCCAUGGUGUACAGGUUUGGCCUGGACGAGGAGCAGCGCAGGAUCUUCGAGCACGUUGCCCUCUACUGCGACUACUUCAGAAAUCUCAUUCCCAUCUCCUUCGUGCUGGGCUUCUACGUGAGUGUGGUGGUGCAGCGCUGGUGGGAGCAAUACCUGUCCAUUCCCUGGCCUGACUCCCUGGCGCUGCUGUGCACGGCCUACAUCGGCGGCAGGGGUGAGAGGGAAAGGAGUAUAAGGACCACAGUUUUGCGCUACGUCAACCUGUGCUGCGCCUUAACGUUCUCCACCAUCUCGCCGCGGGUUGGCAAAAAAUUCCCGAGUUACAAGGAACUGAUGGAGGCAGGCUAUCUCACGCCGCGGGAGAUGAAAGUGCUAGAGAAUCAAAGAGGCAGGUCGUCCGCCGCCCUCAACACUCUGCCAAUGAUGUGGGCGUGCAAAGUGGUGGAGGGAGCGCGUUCAUGUGGCUACGUGAGGGACGACCACGGCCUUCGAUUACUGGUGGCGGAACUGAUGGCCCUGCGGGACAAGGCAGGGAUGUUGGUGCGCUGGACAGACAUUAGUAUACCGCUCGUGUAUACCCAGGUGGCCACAAUGGCAGUAUACUCGUUCUUCUCCUUUUCUGUACUGGGGCGUCAAUUUCUGGACCCCGGGCAACACUACACCAACCGCACCAUUGAUUUCUUCGUACCAAUAUUCACGUUGCUGCAGUUCGUUUUUUACAUGGGAUGGCUCAAGGUUGCCGAAUCUCUGGUGAACCCCUUUGGAGAGGACGACGACGACUUCGAGCUGGAGUGUAUCCUGGAGCGGCAUCUCAAGAUGUCAUACUUGCUUGGAGACGUCACGCCGAGCGACGAUCCGCUAGCGGAGGACGACGAGGACGACUGCCGCUGGAAAGUGUGCCCCGGGGCCUUUGUUGCGCCUACGGAAGAUCUGGCCUUCCUCACCCACUCGGGGCGGCGCAGGGAGGCCAGGCUGCGACGUAGCAUGGAAGAGGAGGCCGCGGCGGCUGCGGCGGCGGCCGCUUCCUUCAGGAGAACCGAAAGUGAUUUGGAGACAGCUAUUUUGGCCCCUGAGUCCAUGUGUAGCAAGGGAGGCGACUUCGUAUGGGAAGAGAUGGAUUUGAGCGGACCGGCAGACGCCACACGAACCCCUGGUACCACCACACCCACCAACACCACCCCACCACAGGCUACGCCCCCUUCCCUCGCAAACUCAGCCACCCCCUCCAGUCUCAACCCGCCUCCGGCCCAACCACCCCGACAGGCAGUAACCCCAUGCUGUGUCCCAGCAGCGUGGCAGCGGCCCCCACCAUCACCACCACCACGCCCACGCCACCAUAUUCCCCCAGAGAGGAAGAUGCGUCACGAGGCAUUGAGUUAAUCCACACCGCCACACCGGGUCAUACCCAGAUUGGCCACACCUCCCCAACCAUCUACUCCCAAGCUGACCAUCCUCUCCUUAGCCAAACCACCACACCAUCCAGCCACACCAACACCGUCCCUUCCCACUAUAGCAUACAAGGUGACUCUCUCCCUGAUCACAAUAACAGAACCACCACCACCACCUCUCCGGGCCACACCACCACUUCUGAUCACUCCCUCUCGGGCCACAUGGCACAACACGGCGGCUCGAACAUCUCGCACACCCCACACAUAUCUCACAGCCCCAGCAGAAGCGGCCUGACCCUCGACGGCAUCAUCAACCCAAUGUACAUAGACUGAAUGACUGGCGGUGCCAUAGUGAUGCUAAGAGAUAUCCUGAAGCACAUCUUGAAAGUGUUUUUCUUCGUUCCAACGCUGGGCGCACUGGUAUGUGUAUGUCAUCCACCUAUGAUCGCCUGUUGUUCUUGCGACACACUUUGCAAGUUGCACAAAUAAUCAAUCUGUGUACACUGUUUCUUGUUCUGAUCUGCUAAGACGUCAUUCUAAAAGUCCUGUCUGUGUCACCGUGCAUAAUAAUCGACUACCUAAGCAUCCUAAAUCAGAAGAGGACGACCAUUGAAAGUCCCAGAUAAAGGAAUCGCAGCAGAUCAUCAUGGUGUAAACCAAGCUUGGGCCAGAGUAGAUACUUCAUGGAGUACUUAUCCUAAGAUAAAUGCAUGAAAGAUAUGUAGGCUACGUAAGUAGCCUACAUAUCUUUCAUUCAAUUAUACCUUGAGUUUGAAAACUUCAUAUCGUACUUGAUUACUUGAAAAUCAGCGAUUAUUUUCAAGCACGAUCAAGUACUUACUUUGUUAUCUUAAGUGGAAUAACGUCGUUAUGUAUAAGAAUAGAUAAAUCAAUAAAUAAACAAAUUAAUGGAAAUAGAUAAACAAAAACUCUAUUAGGAAGCCGAUAUUUACUUUUUGGUCCAUCCCUCGGCUGAAAACUUGUUGCAUCAUCAUUCAGUGGCGAAAGUUACCCAACCUGACCUUUAGCUGUUAAAUAAAACCAAGCAUUAAUACAGUACGUCCUCACUUUUUUUUUUUUCAGCCUAGGUAAUAAGGUCAACUAUCUAAUUGUUAUUUUUAAGGUGCUUCUUCCUCGUCAUUAUUCUCUAAUGGAGUCGUGGUAUGUUAAAUAAAGUAAAAAUUUGUA